CUUCUCAAACCCAUCCCAGUGCCUGUUGUUGGUUGGUGUUUUCAUAACUCAAAUGGAAUAAAUAGCAGUAGUUUGCAAGCUUUAUUUUUUUGGCGUUUGAAAGCCAUGUUAGCUGAGGUUCGGGGCUCUGACACCUUGGGUUCAGGUGCACCAUGGAAAUCCUCCACCGCUGGGAAGGAUAUCAAACAGGAUCCAGGGAUUCGCCAGAAGCAUCGGGGUGGAAAGCGCCUGCGACAAGUAUCCAGCCAAAGAAACUGCUUCUUAGGGUUGGAAAUGAAGCGAGAGCUGGUCUGGGAAGACUGGGACCUGCAAGGAGAGUUCACCAAGACAUUAGUGUUAAAGAAUACUCAUAGCAAGCUGCAGAAGCUACACAUCAGGCCUCCAGAGUCCAAGUUUUUCACCACCUUGAUCCCCCAGAUAAUUGUUCUCAGCCCAGGGACUUCCUACUCAAUGCCAAUCACCUUUAGACCACUCCAAAGGUGUGAGUAUGAAGACAGCAUUGAGUUUCAAGGUAAAGAUGGCAGUUUCCAGGUAUGUCUCCGUGCCACCAUUCCCUGUCAUGCCCUGGAGGUCCCUGACUCUGUGCUGCUGCCACUCUGUGCUGUUCAGCACUCCUCAUGUGCUACUUUCAUGCUCAGAAAUGUCAGUAAACUCCAGACAUGCUUCCAGUGGGAGUGUGCAGCACCGUUCCAGCUAAGCCCUGAGCAAGGCCUGUUGAUGCCGGGCCAGGAGUGUGACAUCACUGUGGUCUUCCGGCCACAAGAGGCGGUGGUGUAUCAGCAACAGGCCAACUGCAGGUUUGGAGAAGAAGGGGACAAAACAGAGAGCUGUUGUACUGUGCUUCUGCAGGGACUAGCCAAGUACCCAUGUCUUCAGCUGAGAAAUCCAAAUACCAAGGAUGAAAAAGAACAGUGUGGUCCAGUGCUGCACUUUGGCUCUGUGGCAAUUGGUCAAAGCUUACAGAAAUCUUUUGACAUCUUCAACCCCUCCCCUGUAACUGCGUCUGUCUCUCUUUCACGAUUGUCCAGUAACGUGCAUUUGUUGGGGUCAGAGUUCAGCUGUGAUGUGACUAGUGGAAAGGUGAGGCCUGGUGGAUCACUACGGGCUACAGUUACCUAUACUCCUGCUGUGGUGGAUACUGUCUCUGUCGAGUACUUAUCUCUAAAAUGUAGAGGGGCGCUCAACAAAACUCUGCUCAAACUCACUGGAAACUGCCUAGGUCCCAAAGUUUCCAUGUCCUCCUCUGUGGUGGACUUUGGCUGUGUUGAGGAAGGAGCAGCAGUUGUACAGACAGUGGAACUGGUUAAUUCUUCGCCCGUUUUGGCUGUCUACCAAUGGGAUCUUGACUGUAGUGGCCACAGUGUGUUCACAAUCCAGCCAGCAAGUGGCACUGUACACCCACAUAGUCGUGCCACACUGAAGGUGGUGUAUAGGCCCACACAGCCUAUUGCACAUCACAGAAGAGUGGCAUGUCUCAUACUGCACAGGGAACCCAUGAUGCUUGACCUGAUUGGUACCUGUCACUCAGAGCUCCAAAAACCCGCCACACUGAAACCUGAACACUUGGUUUUGUACGAGCUCCACUGGUACCGCGGACAGGACAUUGUCAGUGACAUGAAGCAAGAUCAUAAUGUACACUUGGACCAAGAGGGAGUGAUCUGUCCCCCGGAGGAGCAGGCACAAAAGAGAUCGGACAGUGCUGGUGUUGUGUCGAGAACUUCCAUGGAGGAAUAUUACCAGUCCUGCUUGGGGUGCAUGGAUCCAGUCUCUUCCAGUUCUUCUGUAUCAUCUCCACAUGUAACUGUGGUGCCCAGUGAGCUACUGUUUAAUCACAAAAUAUCCUCUUCUUUGUCUACUUCAUCCUCUUCCUCUCAGGCUGUGUCCAUCACCAACCAUACCAAGGGGAAACUCAGCCUGGUGUGGACUGCUGCGCAAGAUUCUCCGUUUUCUGUCUCUCCUUCAUCAUGUGACCUGGCUCCACUGAAGUCUACCUCAUUCAGGGUGACCUAUGACCCCAAGCAGCUCAAUACUCUGCACGGAGCGCAGCUUGAGUGUUUUGCAUACUACAAGGACAAUCAUAUAGAGGAGCGACUGCUGUGUCCACCCUGGUGUGUGACUGUUAGAGUCGUAGGACACUCCUUCCAGCCAGGCAAAGAGCACUUCAUCCCUUGCUGCACCCUGAAGCCCCCUCGAGUGGAAUUCCCAGCCCUUAGUGUUCUUUCCUAUCGGACAGUGCUCCUUCAAAAUUGUGGAGACCUGCCCCUCACUUUCUGUCUGGACCACAUCUCAAACCCUGCCAUGCCAGAAUCUGUGUCUGUAGUGCCGAGCUGUGGUUUGAUCCAGCCUGGGAAUCAUCAAAUCCUCACCCUCAGAACAACUCCCACAGAAGACAGUCCCAAGCAGGGGUUCAGAUUACACCUUCAGCUCAAUGAAUCUCAGCACACAAAGGAAGUGACAGUUGUCAAUGUGGUGGAAAAGCUGCAUGUGUCUCUGGAAGGAAACAGUUUAUAUUUCCAGCCAACAGCGCUGGGCUCACGGACACAGCGCUCCCACUACAUCAGGAACCUCAGCCGACUACCUCUACGGUUCCAAUGGAGCAUUCCAGAGCCAGACCAGGAGCUUAUCUUUGUUGAACCAGAUGCUGGUGAACUGCAUCCUAAUGAGAGCUCAGUCCAGAUAUGGUAUUUCAGCCCACUGGCAGAGAAAACAUACACACUCAAUCCCACUCUGUCUUUCUGGCCGAUCCAGACACCUGGGUGUAACAAGUCACACCUUACCCUUGAAGUGGUGGGAAUGGGCUCUAAAGGCUUCAUAGAGGCAGAGAAAGCGGUUCUGGAUGUGGGGGAGACUCUGGUUGGAAGCUAUCGGUCAAUUCAGGUUCCUCUCGUGAACAACAGCCCCUGUCCCAUCUCAUUUUGUCUCUCUGUACAGCAGACACUUCCGGAUGAGGGGCCUAUUUAUGACCCAGAGACAGUGCCAAUUGCCCUGCGGCUGGACUGUGAGAGGGGAACCAUUGCCUCACACUCCACAAUGCUGCUUCGAUCCACUGUCAGACCACAUAAACGAGCCCAGUACAUAUGGACCAUCAGCUACCAGACACUAAAUGCUAGUGGCUUUGUGUCAUCCCCUCCCCAAGCAGUGUGUGAAGUGCGGGCUAAGGGCGUGUUUCCCACCCUACAGGUGAUUGAUGUAUGCAGUAGUGGCAGUGUGGACAGACUCAGCAAGGUGCAUCUGUGGAAACUCUUGUCAUUGGACAGCCUCAACGAGCACCUGCUCUCCAACCCCUCCCCUGCAGAACUCACUUAUAGAACCCCUACCAAGCACAGUCUUCACUCUUGUCCUUCCAUCUUUACCAACACUGUGUUGGAUUUCAGCUUUGGUGCAGCUCCUUUGAAUUCAGACCCCUCGACUUUUGUGUUGAUGUUUCACAACCCUGGCUCCAUCUCUGUAGACUGGGCCUUCUUGUUUCCAGAGGAUCAACAGAUUGAGUUGGAAUACUGGGCCGAGACAGGAGAGUUCAGCAGCAAUGAGCUGUACCAGAUGAAGGUUCAGGACAACCGUCUGUUCAGCAUUUCUCCCCGUUCUGGAACUUUACUCCCUGGCCAGCAGAGGGCAGUACAAUUCAGCUACAGCCAUGACUUUGCUGGAACAGAUCGGUUUCCUGUUGUGUUCAAACUUUCUUAUGGCAGAGAGAUCUUGCUGAACUUUCAGGGGGUGACUGUGGAGACAGACAGACCAUAUCUCCACUUUCCCUCCAAGCGGCAUGUCUUCACUUCUGUAACUAUUGGGGACUGUACUCCUCCAAGGCAGGUGUAUGAACUACACAAUGGCGGUGCAGUGCCAGUCCGUUAUGAGGUGGACACUUCUGCAUUGUCACAGCUACAGGUGGACAACUUUAACCAUCCAGUGCUGUGCUGCCUCAAUCCAAAGGGAGAGGUCCUACCUGGGAAGACAGCCAUGCUGGAGUGGAUCUUCUCUCCAUUGGAAGCUAAGAUGUACCAUAUGGAUAUUCCAAUCCACGUUCAGGAUGGGGAAUCCACUCUGGUGAGGUUUGAGGGAUGUGGGUAUAAUUCUCCUACACUGGGCUCCACAAACCCAUUUAACUGCAGUGAUACUGAGGCACCUCAACCCUGUGUGCAGAGGCUUCCCUUCCCGGGACAGGUGAUAUUCCUGUCUGAGGACACACUCUCUCUAGGCGACAUACCUGUGUGCUCACGAUCUUCAAGAAUUUUCUUCCUGACCAAUGUGUCCCCCACAGACACUGUCCACUAUACAUGGGGUCUGCUCCAGCAGAGCAUUCACCAGGUGGUGCAGAUCCAUCCAGAAGGAGGAAGUCUGCAUCCACAGGAGAGUGCCCUUUGUGUCCUUACCUUCACUUCUACUGACUACCCUACUGUUUAUCAGCUAGACAUUGUCUGCCAGGUUAUUCAGCAAGCUACACUGACUCGAUAUCAUGAUGCUUUGCAGCGUUGGGAGGAAGAGAAAGAGAGACAGCAAGUUGAAUUCACCAUCACAGACAAAAAUCUUGACUGCCAAGGAGUUCUAAUAGAUAAGGUACCUCUAGCAGCUCCAGUAAGAAAAGGGCCACCACUCAGGAAAUACAAGACUCUUCCUCCUAUCUGUGCCAGUAGUAGUUGUGAAACAGUGGGCACAAUAUGUACCAAGCUGACAAGAGCUGAGCAGCGGGCGCAGCGAGAAACAGCAAGAGUAUGGAGGCGCCCUGAACCCCCCCAACCUGCUCUUCUGCAUCUGCGGGUUACAGCACACUCCCAUGGGCUUCAGGAUUACCUCACAUACCUCCCAGACCAGUUUAAUAAGCAUUAUAGAUGCCUCCAGUCAGUCAAGCCUCAGCAACUUGAAACCACUUCUUCAAGCACACCCCUCCCUGCUAGGCUGCCUUCACCGACACAUGGCCCUGAGAGAGACAUCACCAUGCACAUACUCACCACUCUGCUCAGGGACAUACUUGAUGAGCCAGUCUUCACCCAGUCUCUGAUUACUUUGGCAUCCAAGCCCAUCACCUACCGGCUUCAAGAAACUAGUCCCUCUCACUGCUCCUCAUCUCCAUCCUCUCUCCCUCCACCUCCCUGUCCCACAUCUUGUCACCCUACACCCCAACCUCCGGUUUUGUUGAGCAAGACAACGGCUGGACAGACAGAACAGCACAACACAAUGGACAGUGAGGGGACUGCAGGAUGUUUGGGAAACAGGCCCCAAACACAGAACACGCUGCACACUGAACAUGCGCCUGCUGACAUGAGUGAAGAUGUUUUGCUGAACACCCUCCAGAACCUAAUGAUGGAAGCUGUCAGAGGAGAGCUUGUCCUCACAGUGCACCCCCGCACUGUUAUGUUGCCACCUGUUUAUACCAGAACCAGGAGGACGUCCAAAGCCAUAGCUGAGGAGGAGAGAGAACAUUUGAAAAACAGAAAGGAAACACAAGUCUAACCAAGUCUCCCUCUACUGUUUUCAUUAAAAUCCUACUUAUUGUCUGUCAGCUUCCCUCUUUUCCAUGUUCACUUUGCCCUGACACACAACCUGUAGCUCUCCUGUAUCCUGCCCAGUGCCGCCCAUCCUUUUCCCUCAUCCAUCCCAACUGUUUUAUUCACGUCUCUUCUUCCUAGUCUUGCAGCCUCCUUCCUCAAAGAUUCCUCCAUAAACAUUUUAUAAAUGAUGUUUCAGUUUUAUUAACACAUUAUCAAAUGUUUGGGGUAUUAAUAAAAGAGAUUCCAACUUA